ACAUUUUUAUAGAAUCCAAGCAGACAAACACUUCUGACACAAUUUUCUUCUAGAGAGAAGAACCCUAGUUUGAUUUUUGAAUCUGGGAUGUGAUUGUUUUGUUCACUACAUUUUACUGUCUCAUAUUUUUUAGUUGGGUUUUCAAAUUUGAGCUCUUGUUUUUAUUAUUUUAACUGUUUUCGACCGUUUGGUGUCUGCUUCUCUAUCACCAAACUAAAAAACUUCACCUGGCCAUUUAUUGUAAGAAAAACAAACACCCUUUUUUAUUGGGCUGUUUUUGUUUAGUUUUGAAGAUCAAACUGAGGAAAUUGACUGAAGUUUGAAGAUAAAGUUAAUUGUCUGCUGAAUCUUCCUUAGAAGCAUCUUCGGCUUGCAAUUGAGACAGAGGGGGUUUGAACUUGAAGAUCAAGCUAUGUCUGAGUUGCUUUCUUGAUAAAAAGACAAAAUUCUGGUUCCUGAGGCUUAAAGAAACUGAAGAUACUGUAAAUGGGGAAUUUGUGGUUGAUGAUAGUCAAAGCAAUUUGAGUCGGCGCGGAAGCUUUAGUGGCGAAUCUGAUCCGUAAUCAUGGUGGAAGAUAGAGGAAAAGGAGUUGUUGAAGAUGUUCAAUCGGUUGAAGAUUGGUUAUUACAUGGCCAAGAGCUUGUUCCUUGUGCGCUUGAUAAAGCUAGAGAGGUUAAGGUGUUUCCUGGCAGGUGGAAGAUGAUAAUUUCAAAGUUGGAGCAGAUCCCGUCGCAUUUAUCGGACUUGUCGAGUCAUCCUUGCUUCUCGAAGAAUGCUCUUUGCAAAGAGCAGUUGCAGGCUGUGUCGAAGACGCUGAGAGAUGCAAUUGAAUUAUCAGAUUUGUGUAUGGGUGAGAAGUAUGAGGGGAAACUCAGGAUGCAGAGUGAUCUUGAUGCUUUAUCUGGGAGAUUGGAUUUAAAUUUACGAGAUUGCGGUCUUUUGAUCAAGACUGGUGUGCUCGGUGAAGCUACGUUACCUUUAGCUGUGGCGGGAUCAUCAACAGAAUCCGAGAAUGUAAUUCAUAGCAAUGUGAAGGAAUUGCUUGCUCGGCUUCAGAUUGGACACUUGGAGGCUAAGCAUAAAGCUCUCGACAGCCUUGUUGAAGUCAUGAAAGAGGACGAGAAGAAUGUUUUAGCUGUUUUGGGACGGAGCAAUAUCGCUGCUCUAGUUCAGUUGUUAACAGCAACCUCUCCUCGUAUUCGGGAGAAAACUGUUACUGUAAUCUGCUCCCUUGCAGAAUCUGGGAGUUGCGAGAAUUGGCUAGUUUCGGAAAGUGUUUUGCCACCUCUGAUAAGACUUGUAGAAUCCGGUAGCACAGUUGGUAAAGAAAAGGCUACAAUCUCUCUCCAGAGAUUGUCAAUGUCCGCAGAUACAGCCAGGGCAAUUGUCGGACACGGUGGGGUUAGACCACUGAUUGAAAUCUGUCGAAUUGGUGAUUCAGUUUCACAGGCUGCAGCUGCGUGUACGCUGAAGAACAUAUCAGCUGUUCCCGAGGUUAGACAAACCCUAGCAGAAGAAGGAAUUGUUAAAGUCAUGAUCAAUCUUCUCGAUUGUGGAAUUUUACUCGGAUCUAAAGAAUACGCAGCAGAAUGCUUGCAGAAUCUCACUGCAAGCAAUGACAGUCUAAAGAGGCUUGUCGUUUCAGAAGGCGGAAUACGCAGUUUAUUAGUAUAUCUCGACGGUCCAUUACCCCAAGAAUCUGCAGUGGGCGCAUUACGGAAUUUGGUUACUUCGGUCUCUAUGGAAAUGCUAGUGACUCUCGGGUUCCUCCCCCGCAUUGUCCACGUCCUUAAAUCCGGAUCACUAGGUGCACAACAAGCUGCCGCAUCUGCAAUUUGUCGAGUAUGCAGCUCCACAGACAUGAAAAGAUCGGUGGGCGAAGCUGGAUGCAUUCCGCUUCUGAUAAAAUUACUCGAGGCUAAAUCAAACAGUGUUAGAGAGGCUUCAGCACAGGCGAUUUCGAGCUUGGUGAGCCUUUCACAGAACUGCAGAGAAGUUAAAAAGAACGAUAAAAGUGUGCCAAAUCUAGUGCAAUUGCUCGAUCCGAGUCUGCAAAACACUGCAAAAAAGUACGCAGUUUCGUCCCUUGCAUCUCUCUCGUCGAGCAAGAAAUGCAAAAAACUUAUGAUUUCUUAUGGAGCUAUUGGUUAUCUUAAAAAGCUUACUGAAAUGGAUAUUCCCGGGGCCAAGAAGCUGCUUGAACGAUUGGAAAAAGGAAAAUUAAGAAGUUUAUUCAGCAGGAAAUAGCGAAAAUGUUGCAACAAUAAUUAAUUCUCUGUAAGAUAAAGUUUUUAUGUUUCAUUUUCUGUAUGAAACAAUGUAGACUAUGAUCAACCAAGUCAAAAAUGUGGUACUAUGGGCAAUCAGAUGUAUUAUUAAUCAAUAUAACAUAAUAUAAGAUUGCUUAUGAAAA